AUAUGAGAGUAUAGUGCCAUGCACAGGAACACUGAAGGAAGAAGUCAGAAGGGAAUCAGCUUGAGUGAAGAGAAGACAACCUUCUGCUGUAAUCUCCAGCCACGCAUCCCCCCGGCCUCGCUGGAACUGGUCUCCCAGAAGGUCUGUGCUACAAAAUGGAGAUUUCAGGGUGCCUUCUGGGCAGAAGUCUAGCUGCCUGCACUGGAGGUAGAACCACAAGGAUACCUGUCCUCUUGGCAUGGCUCUCAGUUUCCAUUCCAGGAUUCCUGGUGCCUGGAUCAGCCACUCCAGGCCCAGCUGAGAUCCGACUAGUGAAUGGUCCAAGUCACUGUGCUGGGAGAGUCGAAGUGUUUUAUAAUAACACAUGGGGCACUGUGUGCGAUGACACCUGGGACUUAACUGAGGCCUAUGUGGUCUGCAGACAGCUGGGCUGUGGGACAGCACUAUCAGCCCCACGCGGGUCUCGCUAUGGAGCAGGAUCUGAUCGUAUCUGGCUGGAUGAAGUAAACUGCACAGGGACAGAAUCUGCCCUCUCUGAAUGCAGCGCAGACCCUUGGGGAAAACAUAACUGUAACCACAUAGAAGAUGCCAGCGUUGUGUGUUCAGGUUCCGACACUCCAGACCGAGGCCCGCUCCAACUGGUUGAUGGCCCCAACUCAUGUGCUGGGAGAGUCGAGGUUCUUCAUGACCAUCAGUGGGGAACUGUGUGUGACGAUGGAUGGGAUUUAACUGAUGCUGGAGUGGUGUGCAAGCAGCUGGGCUGUGGGACAGCGGUAUCAGCCCCAGGCAAGGCUUACUUUGGGCGAGGACAUGAACGCAUCUGGCUGGAUGAAGUGAACUGCACGGGGUUGGAAGCUGCCCUCUCUGACUGCCAAGCCAGUUCGUGGGGAAAAAAUAACUGUUACCAUGGGGAAGAUGCAUCUGUGGUGUGCUCAGCUUCAAAUAGUUUUGAUCCAGUUGCAAUCCAGCUAGCAAAUGGCACGAACCGCUGUGCUGGGCGAGUCGAGGUGCUUUACAACAACACCUGGGGCACCAUUUGUGAUGAGAGCUGGGAUUUAACUGAGGCUCAAGUAGUGUGUAAGCAACUCGACUGUGGGAUGGCAGUGUCAGCCCCAGGCGGGGCUCACUUUGGAGAGGCAUCUGACCACAUCUGGCUGAAGAAGGUGAACUGCACAGGGACAGAAACCAGCCUCUCCCUGUGCAGAACUACAGUUUUGGAAGACAGUAGCUGUACACAUAAAAAAGAUGCCAGUGUUGUAUGCGGAGGCUCAGUUCCUCCAGCUUUAGCUCAGGUCCGGCUGGUGAAGAGCUCAAGUCGCUGUGCUGGAAGAGUUGAGGUGUUUCAUGAUGGUCAGUGGGGAACCGUGUGUGAUGACGACUGGGACUUAAAUGAUGCUGGCAUUGUGUGCAGACAAUUGGGCUGUGGGACCGCAGUGUCAGCUCCACAUAAGGCUCACUUUGGGCUGGGCUCUGGGCCCAUAUGGCUUGAUGACAUUAACUGCGUGGGGACAGAAGCUGCCCUCUCUGAAUGCAAGUCAAAGCCUUGGGGUCAAAAUGACUGCAGCCACGCAGAAGAUGCCAGUGUGGUGUGCUCAGAUUUAGACAUAGACCUGGCUUCAGUCCGCCUAGUGAAUGGUCACACUCGCUGCGCUGGGAGAGUUGAGGUGCUUCAUGACCAUCAGUGGGGAACAGUGUGCGAUGAUAACUGGGACUUAAAAGAUGCUGGCGUGGUUUGCAGGCAGCUGGGCUGUGGGACAGCAGUGUCAGCUCCAGGAGGGGCUCAAUUUGGACGAGGCUCUACCCGUGUCUGGCUGGAUGAUGUGAACUGUAUAGGCACGGAAACAUCCCUUACUCAAUGCAAUGCCAGGUCCUGGGGAGUUCAUAACUGUCACCAUGGAGAAGAUGCUGGCGUUGUAUGUUCAGACACAACCAUUCCAGAACCAGUUCACCUCCGGCUGAUGAAUGGCUCAAAUCGCUGCACUGGAAGAGUCGAGGUGCUCCAUGACAAGCAAUGGGGAACUGUGUGUGACAACAGCUGGGAUUUAACUGAUGCUGAAGUAGUGUGUAAACAGCUGGGCUGUGGGACAGCAUUAUCUGCCCUACUUGAAGCUCACUUUGGAGAAGGAUCUGAGCACAUUUGGUUAGAUGAUGUUAACUGCAAUGGGACAGAAACUGCUCUCACUGAAUGCAAGGCCAGGCCUUGGGGAAACAAUAGCUGCCACCAUGGAAAAGAUGCUGGCGUGGUAUGCUCAGAUGGAGCCAUUCCUGCCACCAAAGAGCUCCAGCUGGUGAAUGGCCAGAACCGCUGUGCUGGAAGAGUCGAAGUGUUUCACGACAACCAGUGGGGAACUGUGUGUGAUGACAGCUGGGACUUAAAAGAUGCUGGGGUGGUAUGCAGGCAGCUGGGCUGUGGGACAGCAGUGUCAGCCCCCGGUGGGGCUCGGUUUGGGAGAGGAUCUAACCGUAUCUGGCUGGAUGAUGUUAACUGCCAAGGGACGGAGGAGACUCUCACUGAAUGCCGGGCCAAGCGUUGGGGAAACCAUAACUGCAACCAUGGAGAAGAUGCUGGGGUGGUGUGCUCAGGUGCAGAAAUUCCUACCUCAGAAGUGCUCCGACUGGUGAAUGGCCUGGGCCGCUGCUCUGGGACAGUAGAAGUGUUUCACGACAACCAGUGGGGAACCGUGUGUGAUGACAGCUGGGACUUAAGAGAUGCUGGGGUGGUAUGCAGGCAGCUGGGCUGUGGGACAGCAAUGUUAGCCCCCGGUGGGGCUCGGUUUGGGCGAGGAUCUAACCGUAUCUGGCUGGAUGAUGUUAACUGCCAAGGGACGGAGGAGACUCUCACUGAAUGCCGGGCCAGGCCUUGGGGAAUCCAUAACUGCAACAAUGGAGAAGCCGCUGGGGUGGUGUGCUCAGAUGGAGCUGUUAUAGGCUCAGAAAAGGUCAGAGUGGUGAAUGGCACAAGCCGCUGCUCUGGAAGAGUUGAGGUGUUCCACAACCAGCAGUGGGGAACUGUGUGUGAUGACAGCUGGGACUUAAGAGAUGCUGCAGUUGUGUGCAGGCAGCUGGGCUGUGGGACAGCAGAAUCAGCCCCAAGCGGGGCUCGGUUUGGGCGAGGACCUGACCCUAUCUGGCUAGAUGAGGUGAACUGUGUAGGGAUAGAAACUGCACUCUCUGAAUGCAGAGCUGGGCCUUGGGGAACCCAUAACUGUAACCACAGAGAAGAUGCCGGUGUGGUCUGCUCAGAUGGAGCCAUUCCAGUCACAGCAGAACUUCGACUUGUUCAAGGCCCAAAUCGCUGCUCUGGAAGAGUUGAGGUGUUCCACAACCAGCAGUGGGGAACAGUGUGUGAUGACAGCUGGGACUUAAGAGAUGCUGCAGUUGUGUGCAGGCAGCUGGGCUGUGGGACAGCAGAAUCAGCCCCAGGCGGGGCUCGGUUUGGGCGAGGACCUGACCCUAUCUGGCUAGAUGAGGUGAACUGUGCAGGGACAGAAACUGCACUCUCUAAAUGCAGGGCCAGGCCUUGGGGAACCCAUAACUGUAACCACGGAGAAGACGCUGGUGUGGUCUGCUCAGGCAGAAACAUUCCUGUCUCUGCAGAGCUCCGGCUGGUGAAUGGCCCAAGCCACUGUGCUGGAAGAGUUGAGGUGCUCUAUGACCAUGAGUGGGGAACUGUGUGUGAUGAUGGCUGGGACCAAAAAGAUGCUACAGUGGUCUGCAGGCAGUUGAACUGUGGGAAAGCUGUAUCAACCCAAGGAGCUAAUUUUGGGAGAGGAUCUGACCGUAUUUGGCUGGAUGAUGUUAACUGCACUGGGACAGAGGCUACCCUCUCUGAAUGUAGGGCCAGGUCCUGGGGAGACCAUAACUGCCACCAUGGAGAAGAUGUCAGUGUGGUGUGCUCAGGUGCUCCUCCACUGCUGCUGAAACUGGUAGACGGUCCUACCCCUUGCUCUGGGAGAGUGGAGGUGAUGUACAAUGGCACAUGGGGCAGCGUGUGUGAUUCUGGCUGGGGAUUACCUGAGGCAAUGGUGGUGUGCAAGCAAUUGGGCUGUGGCACAGCCCAGUCAGCCCCAGGAGGGGCUCAGUUUGGCUUUGGAACUGGACACAUCUGGUUAGAGAACAUGAACUGCACCGGCACAGAGUCUCUUGCCAUCGAGUGCCAAUAUAGGCCAUUAGGUCUUGGGCUUUGUAUCCAGGGCUCUACAGCUGGUGUGGUAUGUGCCAGACAAACCAGCUCUGGACUGCUCUGCUCUGCACUGAUUGGCCUGGUUGUCAUCCUGGCACUGCUCUGCAGUAUCCUGCUGUACCUGAGAAUUAAGCAAAAUGGAACCAUUGGAAAUCCCCUAGACCACGUACACCUGAAGGAGCUGGGGAAUAUGGGGUUAGCAGCCCAAGCCCAAGGAGCAACAUACCUGACAGCAAAGCUUGGACACAAUGGGGAGGUCGACAGUGAGACAGCUCAGCUGGUGAGAGAAGAUAUCGCACAUUAAGAUGAGCUGACAGGACCCCCAUGCAGAGAAGCCUGUUGCAGCUGGCAGCUGGUGCAGUGGGUUACUGGACUGAUUUCCACCAGGGGAUGGGGGAGUCUUGCUGCUUGUUCCCCUUGAUGAACACUUGAACAGUAUUAGGUUUGCUGAGGAUCUCAGCUCCCCUGGGUUGACUUCCCAUGCCUUAAUUCUUACCAAGCUCUCCUGGGGAACUUCCGGUGCUGUAAAAUCCCACCUCUUUGUGGGGGCACCCAAGCUUUAUUACCUCUUGCAGCUUCCCUGUCAGGACUUCCUUCCCUAUAAUGCUGCCUAAACUUGCUCAUAUCACAGAAGGAUGGUGAGCUGUUUUUUCAGUUCAUUAGUACCUACAGAGGGUGUUAAACAGCAACCACUAAAGAUAAACAAAUUUAGAACAGCAAGCCCAGGUAACUUCCUUUAGAAGUUGGUUGCGGAGAUUUCUGGUGAGCUGUUGCUAACUUUAAUCCAUUUUGGAAGACCAGGGAAGUUCCAGGAGAUAAGAAGAAUGCCAAUGUUAUGCCACUGUUCAGAAAUGGCAGCCAGAAUGAUCCAGGUUAUGACUGACUAUUUACACUGAUGGCAGAGUAAUGCAAGGGAAAAGAUGCCAGAAAGACUUAUGUGAAAAAGAAUUUGAGAGGGGAUUGGCCUUACUGCCAGGAAGUAUGGUGUCAUGGAGAAUAGUCCCGUCAGACAAACCUGAUUUCAUUCCUUGAGACAAUUACAAGUCUGGCUGAUAAAGACAAUCACCUAGAUGCAAAUAUACUUUGACUUUCAUUCAUCCCAGUGUUGUGACUGAAAAAUUAACCUAAUCCAAUGUCAAUACAGUACAUGAUAAACUGAUUAAGGACUGACUGAUAGGUCUUGAAAAAAUAACUGCCAGUGGAAACCAUUACUGAAUGUGAUUUUUCCUGGUGUGCUUCCACAGGGAUUAGACCCAGACCUGAUAACGUUAAGUAUUUCUGUUGAAGAUUAUAUCAUCAAUUGCCAAAUCCAGCCUUUCAGUAGAUGUAACAAUUGUAUCUGUAUGAAAUUAUGCUAAUAUAGGUUGUAAUAGUGGAAUUGUUAUGCCUGCAUGCUCUUGUCACAAUAUAAGUGUAGCAAAACUCUUAGAAAUAAAUGUUGUUUCCUCCAGA